GCAUGACGUCUGCCAGGUGAGGACGCUGGAGUAGGUGGCAUACGGACCUUUCUGGACCCCCGGAGCCCCCUGAUCUCACCUGACCUGACCUGACCUGGUAUCCGUGGCGAUGGAUAAGCUGGGCAUGGCGUUCGGGGGCGGGCCCAGCAAGAAGGAGCUGCAGGAGACGAUAGAGGCCCAGAAGAAACAGCUGGUGCAGUACCAGACUCGCUUCAAAGAUGUGGUGCGUGCGUAUAAGAGUUUGAUGAAGGAGAAGGAGGCUCUGGAGGCCAGCCUGAAGGUCCUCACCGUCUCACAGGAGGUCGACCUGGGUCACCGUGACAACCAGGACCCCUCCACGGGCGGUGGUGGUGCCGACCCCUCGCGGUCACCUAUGACCUCUGACCUGGGAGACGACCGCUCGUCACUGCACAGUGAGGACAGCCUGGACACGGCGGCUAGCGUGGAGACGGCGGCUAGCGUUAGCAGCAGCACCACCAGGGGGGAGGGGGGCGACGAGGAGCACCAGGCCCAGCAGCAGCACUCCCGAUCGGGCUCGCUGGGGGACAUCACCCCUUCUCUGGGAACCACCUCCACCUCCUCACUGGCUGCGGCUGUGGCCAGUGUGGAGGAGGCCGGGGGGCCUGAAAGUGGCGGCAGCAGCAGCAGCAGUGUUACUGUCAGUAGUGGAGUACAGGACCAACAGCUGCAGCCUCCACAACCCAGCCAAGCACAAGCACAAGCACAGCCCCCACCACAGCAGCUCACCACCACUACUGGAACAGGUGCAUCGGUGGAGUCGGAUCGGCGCUUCCUGCAGCUGAAAGCCCAGCUGUCCACAUUGACCAGUUCCCUAACAACCGUCACCCAGGAGAAGUCGCGCAUGGAGGCCUCCUUCCAGGCCGACAAGAGGAAGAUGAAGCACGACAUGGAGGAGCUGCAGAGGAGCCUGGAGGAACAGCAGAAGCAGCACGACGCAGACAUGACAUCACUACAGGAGCAGUUUGCGGAGAGCAAGGCUCGUGUGAUAACCCAGCAACAUGAGAGAGCUCAGGAGCAGGGAGACCACGCGCUGAUGCUGAGGGAACUUCAGAAGCUCCUGCAGGAGGAGAGGAGUCAUCGCCAGGACGCGGAGCUACGCCUCGAGGACGCACAGCAGACACUCAUGGAAACCAUGCAGGCUGCAGACAGGAGCGUGGACAUGGAGGCGCGCCUGAGGGAGGUGCAGCAGGAGAGAGAGGAGAUGAGGAGGAGCCUGCAGACUGAUGCUGCAGACAGGAGUGUGGACAUGGAGGCGCGUCUGAAGGAGGUGCAGCAGGAGAGGGAGGAGAUGAGGAGGAGUCUGCAGGCCGCGGAGGAGGAGAGGAGCAAACCACACCCCCUGGUGGAGGAACUGCAGAAGGAGAUGGGACAACUGAAGACACACUACACACACCAAUUACAGCAGGAGAUCAGGAAGUCGAGUCAGGCGGAGGAGCGCUUGGUUGACCAGUCUCGUCUAGAAGAGGGUCGCGUUGCCAGUCUGGAGCUGCGCGUGUCCGAGCUGUCGGAGCUACUGGGCGCGUGCGAGCGGGCGCGUCAGAAGGACCAGCAGACGGCCCAGCGGCUCCGAGAGAGAGUCCUGCAGCUGGACACCGAGAACAAGACCCUGGCCAUCGCAGCCACCGCCCCACGCACAGGCCUCCACACCCUCAACCUGGACGAGGCCAACCUGGACGUCACCGCGCUGCGAGACAAAAUGGAGGUCAUCAAGAAGCUCCUCAAGAUGGCCACCCAGAACCAGAAGAGCUCCAGUGGAACACAGCAACAGCACCAGCAGGGGCCCUUGGAGAUCGAGAAGCUCGGAGUAGGAGGAGGAGAGAGGGAUGAAGAGGAGGAGGAGGAGGAGGGAGAGGGAGAGGAGGAAGGGAAGACGAAGGUGGUGGUGGAGGAGUCGGACGGAGAUAGGAGAUCUGCACUCUACUAUCAACAGGAGCUCAGACAGGUGCGAGAGGAGUUUGAGCGCUACAAGGUGCGAGCUCAGGUGGUCCUGAAGAACAAGAACGCCAAGGAUGGCAGCCAGGCCAAGGAGUUGGAGGAUGCUCGUGACCAGCUGGCUGAGUUGAAGGAGAAGUACAUCAACCUGCGUAUCCAUGCCGACGAGGCGGAGGCGGCACACAGGCGCACUCUAGAGGACAAGCAGCAGGGGGCGCUAACAAUACAACAACAACACAAACAGGAGUUGGAGCGUGUGGAGGCGGGGCACCGUGACAGUUUUGUGCGUCUGGAGGCGGAGCUCCAUAAGCAGCGUGAGCGCACCAUGGCGCUGCUGGCGGAGAAGGAGACGGAGAUCGAGAAGCUGCGUAGCCACAACGCCACCGCCACCGCCACCGCCAGCAUACUGGGGCUCGGGGCCGGGCACCGCCGCACCGGGAGCAGCGAGAUGGGGGGCACGGAGAUCGGAGGGUUCGCUACCUCGCCUGGGACAGGAGCAGGAUCAGGAGAGGAGGUUGAGUGGGACAGCCAGGCUCGUGAGGAGAGCGAGUACCUGACGCAGGCGUUACGAUUGGCCGGCCCCAACGAGCCCACGCUCUUACUCUACGCAGAGCAGCUCGCACGGAAGGAGGUGGAGAACGGCGCCCUCCGCAGGCAGAAGCGUCGUCUUGAAGAAGACCUCCACCAGCUGCAGGGUCGCCUGAUCGCCAACGGCGAGCGUCACGACGAGGAGGUGACGUGUCUGCGCGAGGAGCUAGAGCAGCGCGUGCGGGACCUGGGCCGCGACGGGGCCAACCUGGAGUACGUCAAGAACGUGGUGUUCCGCUACCUGACCCUCCAGGACAGCAGGGGGCGCCAGCAGACGCUGGGGGCCAUCCUCACCAUACUGCACUUCAGCCCACAGGAGAAGCAGCAGGUCAUCAAGCAGCAGGGCCAGGGAUGGUGGACACAGGGGAAGAGGUAGCAGAAGA